AUGGCUGAUCUAGAAGCUGUUCUAGCGGACGUCAGCUAUUUGAUGGCUAUGGAGAUGAGUAAAUCCACUCCAGCGGCUCGUGCGAGCAAAAGAAUUACCUUACCCGACCCCAGCAUCCGUGGUAUCAUGACCAAGUAUUUGGAAAAGAACAACCAAAUGACCUUCGAUAAAAUUUUUAACGAGAAGUUAGGUUACUUGUUGUUUCGGGACUUCGUUCUCAAUGUAAGUGAAGAACCUGUUCCUCAGCUUACGUUUUACGAAAAUAUUAAAAAGUUUGAAAAGUUAGACACAGAUGAAGAGCGUAUUAAAUUUGGCCGAGAAAUAUAUGAUCAACACAUUAUGAAAGAACUUUUAUCGCAUAACCACAAAUUCUCUAAAUCAACUGUGGAUCAUGUCCAUGAACUACUCACUCUAUCUCAAAAGACUAAAAAGCUACCAGCAGAUACAUUUUCUUUGUAUGAAGAUGAAAUCCUCCAGUUCCUUCGUGGUGAUGUAUUUGACAAUUUUCUUAGAAGUAAUAAGUUCACUCGAUUUUGUCAAUGGAAGGAUUUGGAGUUAAAUAUUAACUUAACCACAAACGAUUUCAGCGUACAUCGCAUUAUUGGGCGUGGUGGUUUUGGGGAGGUCUAUGGAUGCCGAAAAGCAGACACUGGUAAAAUGUAUGCCAUGAAAUGUCUGGACAAAAAGAGGAUCAAAAUGAAAGGGGGAGAAACUUUGGCCCUCAAUGAACGUGUUAUGCUUUCACUUGUUAGCACAGGGGAUGGUUGUCCUUUUAUAGUUUGUAUGACGUACGCCUUUCAGACUCCAGAAAAAUUAUGCUUUAUACUAGAUUUAAUGAAUGGUGGUGAUUUGCACUAUCAUCUUACUCAGCACAAUAUCUUCUCUGAAUCAGAAGUACGUUUUUAUGCAGCUGAAGUUAUAUUGGGUUUGGAGCAUAUGCAUAAUCGUUUCAUUGUAUAUCGCGAUUUGAAGCCUGCAAACAUACUUCUGGAUGAAUAUGGUCAUGUUCGAAUCAGUGAUUUGGGAUUAGCCUGUGAUUUUUCACGUCGGAAACCUCAUGCUAGCGUUGGGACUCACGGUUACAUGGCUCCUGAGGUACUGUUAAAAGGUUGUCCAUAUGAUUCUUCAGCUGAUUGGUUUUCACUUGGAUGCAUGUUAUACAAAUUAUUAAGGGGUCAUAGUCCAUUCCGACAUCACAAGACAAAGGAUAAACAUGAGAUUGACAGAAUGACAAUGACCAUGAGUCUCGAUAUUCCAGACGGUAUGUCCUGUGAAAUGCGGUCCCUGUUGGAAGGUUUGUUAGCGCGUGACGUUUGCAAUCGCCUUGGAUGUAUGGGUCGUGGAUCUCUUGAAGUUCGAGAACAUCCAUUUUUCAAAGGAAUUGAUUGGCAGCAGGUUUAUCUGCAAAAGUACCCACCACCUUUAAUUCCACCUCGGGGAGAAGUAAACGCUGCAGAUGCUUUUGACAUAGGCUCUUUUGAUGAGGAAGAUACUAAAGGUAUUAAGCUCACAGAAGCUGAUCAAGCAUUGUAUCAGAACUUUUCACUUGUUGUGUCUGAACGUUGGCAGUUAGAAAUAGCUGAAACUGUGUUUGAUUUUGUAAAUCAAGAGGCAGAUAAAGUAGAUAAUAAAAAAGCUCGUGCACGACAACGUUCUACACAAACUGCUGAUGUUUCAAGUAGUGGCUUAUCUGGAGUUACUUCAAGUACUGGAAAUUUAUUAAACAUUGGGAAUGUAGGAGUUUCAAAUAGCGGAUCGGGUGGAAAUCUUUCUGACAAUAUGACUGUUGAUGGGGUAGCCUCUGACUGCAUUGUUGAGGGUGACGUUCUGAAACUUGGCGGACCAUUUUUGCAAACAUGGCAACGUAAACAUCUGCGUUUAUUUCCCAACCGUAUUGAGAUAUACAACAAGUCUAGAGAUGGUUUAAUUCUCAAGAAAGGUGUUGAUCUUAUAUCAAUGCUUGAUAUCAAAGAAAUUUCUCCAGAGUUUUCUCGUGUGUGUAAAAUGGAUAAUUGUAUUUCAAUUAAACUGAAAAAUGAUACGCGAUUGUACAUAACUUCAAAUGACAAAAUCAUGAUUACACAAUGGAAAGAAGAAAUAUUAGAAGGCUAUCGAAUUUCCUGUGAAUUGAUGGCACAUAUGAACAAAAAAGCCCAUAAAAUGUAUGGUGUUCUCGAUCCUAUGUCCAACACGGACACUCAUCCUCCUUCUACUACUGUUAUAACGUCAUCUAUUUUAACUGUUACUACUAGCGGUUCUGUACAGCCUCUCACUUCUACAAGUCGUCCAUCACAGAAGUCACACUCACCUCCACAAAGUUCUACACAUCCCCGUCCUCGCCUAAGUCAUCAGGCAUCAAUGCCUUCCUAUCCACUCACAAACCAUAGGGGUCAAGGGUCAUCUUUAGAUUCAGUCACAGGUUCCAAGUCUGGUGAUCAAGCUGUUGAGACAGAUGUAAAUCAAGAUAUUAAUCCACCAGAUGGUGGUGUUGGUAGUGAUUUCAAUAAUAAUAAGUCAUCUUAA